CGCGUCGCGCUCGAUGACGUGUCCGCGGCGGCGGCGGCGGGGCCGGGAUGCACCGGCGGGGGGUGGGGGCGGGGGCGAUCGCCAGGAGGAAACUGACCGAGGCCAAGUACAAGGAGCGCGGCACGGUGCUGGCUGAGGAUCAGCUGGCCCAGAUGUCCAAGCAGCUGGAGACGUUCCGCACGCACCUGCAGGCCUUCGCCUCCAAGCACAAGCAGGAGAUUCGCCGCAGCCCCGAGUUCCGCCUGCAAUUCCAGCACAUGUGUGCUGCCAUCGGCGUCGACCCGCUGGCCUCUGGAAAAGGGUUCUGGGCCGAGGUGCUGGGGGUCGGAGACUUCUACUACGAGCUGGGCGUGCAGAUCAUCGAGGUGUGCCUGGCGCUGCGGCACCGCAACGGAGCGUGGGCCCGUGCUGCAGGGCUGAUCACGCUGGAGGAGCUGCAGGCCCAGGUGCUCAAGGGCCGCGGGAAGUUCGCGCAGGACGUCAGCGCGGACGAUCUGCUCCGCGCCAUCAAGAAGCUGAAGGUUCUGGGCAGCGGCUUCGGGAUCAUCCCCGUGGGGGGAACGUUCCUGGUGCAGUCGGUGCCGGCCGAGCUCAGCAUGGACCACACGGUGGUGCUGCAGCUGGCCGAGAAAAAAGGAUUUGUGACAGUCAGCGAGAUCCGGGACAGCCUCAAGUGGGAGACGGAGAGAGCCAAGCAGGUGCUGGACCACCUGCUGAGGGAGGGCAUGGCCUGGCUGGACGCGCAGGCCCCGGCCGAGCCGCAGUUCUGGCUGCCCGCGCUCUUCUCGGAGCUGCACGGCCAGGAGAGCACGGCCGGGCCCUGAGCGCCCGGCAGCCCCGGGGUCCUCGGAAUCCCGCCCGGAAUCCCCCCCAGGAUCCUCGGGAAUCACCCUGGAAUCCUCGGAAUCCCGCCCGGAAUCCCUCCCAGGAUCCUCGGGAAUCCCUCCUGGAAUCC